AUCGUGGGCACAUAUAUAUUGAUUUCAAAAACUACCCAUAACCAUUAACUAUGGGGUGGAUUUCAUCAAUGACACCCUGACAUAUGACACUAGGACACGUGACACCCUGACAUAUGACACCUUGACACAUGACACUAGUGUACAGAGUUCGAUGUCGUCUGCGUGUUGCCGGUGACUGAAUGAGUUGAACAUCCCCAGGUCUGAGCCGCACACAGAUCGUGGUCAUCUCCACCUGUUCGGCCAUCAUCGGCAUGUUUUUCAUCAUCGCCGCCAUCCUCAGGAUCAGGAACUAUAUAAAGAGGGCCAGACAUGAACAGGCCAUGGCCAACCGGCCAAAGUUCCGGUCCUGCAGUGUGGCCCUGAGGAACCCCACCCAGUCCAUGGAACAGCUGAGACGUGACUCACUCAUCAGUAAAACUAGUCAACAGAACAGUAUCACAACGAAGGGCAGUAACUGCAGCCAAACCAACGGCUCCUCCCAGGAGAACUCCUCCUCCAGCUCCCCCCGCCACGAGCCGGACACGACGCCCCUGCUGGUCAUCACCCGCCCGCCUGGGGGCACCGACUACCCCACCCCCACGGAGUCCCACUCCUCCCUGCAGUACAUGGACGACGACUCGACCGCGCCAAAGAAAAAGGCAAUACCACCCAUAUCCUUAGUGAAAAAUGGCAGCAUUGAGGGAUGCUACAUUGUGGCUCUAAAACAGGCACAGAUAGGACAUGCACCAUUAGCUAUCAUGGAGAGGGGGGAUUCUGUUAAAGCACGCCCCCUCAUGGAGCGGGGGAGUUCACUCAAGGUCAGGUCAAGCCGCCCAGCAGUAUCAGUUGAGAGACGGACAUCAUUAAAGUAUAACGUACCUUCUUCAACAAAGAAAGACGUAUCAAAAAGUUAUAAAUACAACGGUGGGUCGGUGAAAAGAAAACUAGAUGGCAAUGGUAACCCACGGUUUAAUGGGGAGGCACACAUCUAUCAAUUAGUGGGUAGCUCAGAGAUCAUUAUUGCUGAUAAGAAUUUUUAUAUUGAGCCCAGGACCAAUGGUAGUUAUGAAAAGUCACUGAGAAAAACAUCAAAAGGUUACCAAAUUGUGAGUAGAAAUGACUUAGAUGAUGAAGCUAUCCUAGAACUGCAUUCAGGAAAACAAAAUGAGCAUCGUCUACAUAAAACAGAGUUCACUGUUGAAAGCACUAGAGAAAUAAAUUGUGAAGAUGAGAAUGGGCCAGAGACGAUUGAUAAAAAGGAUAGAACAGCUUCGAGAAAAAACCUCCACAGAGAGAUAAGUGAGACAAACAGAGAGAUAAGUGAGGUAGAAGAUAACAGAAAGCCGGAAAAUGAUGAGCUAGAUCUGAUCAGCCCAUUAACCGAAAGCUCCUAUUUUGGUCUCUCUCAGUCAGAUGCCAGCUUAUCUUCAACGACAAAUCAGGGGAACGAAUUCUUCGGCCAGACAGAGUAUGUUUGCUCGGGACCACAUGGGUCAACGGACUUGAGUGCUUCCAACAGUGUCUCUGACUGUGCUGAGGGGACACUUUGUCCCAGCUAUAACCAUGGCUACGUAAAAAGUCCUGAAAACAUUCAAGACAUCAGGAACUUCUUAUACGAACAUACAGCCAUGAAUGGUGAGUCUUCUGCACAGGGUAAUCCACAGACUUACAACAGUAAUACAAAUUUAUCCCAAACAAAUGCUGAUGGAUCCUCUUCCUGUGCAGACACUGAUGGGGUGCCUAGAUACAAUGGUUUACCCCAGAUAGCCUCAUCAGCAAAUAAUUCCCCAAGCAAGGCCAAACAUGCUAGGAGAGAGGGAGAACUAGACAAUAUUGACAAUGAAAAUCAAAGCAGAAAAGAAAUACGAAAUGUUGGACUAAUCAAUGCAAUAGCCAUUCCAGAUCAACUGAAUGGAAAUUAAUAAUAAAUUAAGGAAUACAUUUGACUACAGAUAUUAAUUAUUUUUUUUAUCUGGAACAUUCAUGACUGUGUAAAUAUUACAACUUAGGUAAUGUGGACAGAUGUUUUUAUGUUGAAUCGAGUCAUUCAAUUAGUUUUGGCUUUCCUGAAAUAAUUCUCAGUUUGUUUGGUUUUGUGCUGUUUACUUGGCAUUUUUAAUGCUUUGUAUUUAAAUUUUAAAUUUUCAAUUAAAUUUGCAAUGGUUUUUCUAAAUAGUAAAUCUUUAAGAGUUAAUGUCCGUACACAAUCUUGUAUAAUUAUUUAUAAGAGGUUUUUAAACAAAUGCACUACUUUAAAUAUUUUCAGUAUCAAUCUAUAUUUUUAAAAAUACAACUAGAAUCUUUUAAGAAUGAUUGGUGUAACAAAUACUUUACAGAAUUGUUAAAGGAUUUAAAAUUCCAUGUCAUGGGGUGUUGUUUUAUAUUUAACCAACAAAUAAGCUUAAAAGCUUCACAAUUAUUAUUUACUUAAUCGAUUUGUGUAAGUUAUUUAUUUUGAUAUCAAACAACAUGAUCAGCAUGUUGGAAAAUAAAGAUAUUAGAGCACAAUUUUAACUGAAAUGGAAGCUUCUUUUCUUGUUACAAUGAUGAAUUUUGUGCAAAUCUGUAAAGAUUCCUUUUACUUUGAUUUGUGUUGUUAAUGGAUAAUACAAAUGUUAAUAUUGGUUGCAACUCAAGUUAUUUAUAUUAUUCCAGCUCUUUCAAAAGUUGGUUGUUGCCCUUAAGACUAUUGAAAUGAAAAGGGUUAAAUUAUAUUUAGCAUACUAUCUUGUAUUGCACUAUUUCUCUGUUCCUUUACCUGUCUGUCAGCUACAGUAGAUUACUACAUGUAGCAACAAAAUAUAUUUUUCUGUUAGAUUUGCUUGAGCUAUUUAAACAUUUUUUCUAUUAUGAGGAGAGUGUUCCUUAUCCGUUCAAUGCAAAAUAUGUCUGUAAAUAUACUGUUUUAUCAAUUAAAUUUAUUUUAAUUAAAAACAAGUUUAUUUCUUAAUAAAUAGGAAUUUAAAAGAACUAAAUUUCCCAAAUUUUGGUUUUGCUCUAAAGUUUGUAAAAUAUUUUUUUA